AUUACUUAUUUUUGCUAAAUAGGCUACCUUAUUUUCAUUGCUCUUAUGCAGCAUUAUCAGUAGGAUAGCGAAGCAGACGCCGGCCUCCUCACCAUCCAAAUUCCAAAAGAAUGUCGGACUCGUUGUUAUAUCUGGCAUCCUCUCAGUCCUAUUUGUCAACCUCACCACUUCAACAUUUUCCUACAAAAGUUAGGAACUUCCCAUUCCCGAGCACUUCAACUGCUGUUCCUACUCUGAAAUUCUCACUGCUUUCUCAAAGGUUAGUGGGAAAAGGGAACUGGAUUCUUCACGAGAACAGAAUUCAUGCAAAAUCUACGGAUUCGGAACCCAAUACAAGCGAUCCAUCCGCCCGGUUGUCCGAGGAAAAUGCUACAAUUCGCAGCAGUGGUGGCAACCCGUCCUCCAGUAUUUUGUCUAUUCUUUGUCCCCUGCUCAAGCUCUUCUCUGGGGGAGAUCCUUCUCAAGAGCGAAAUUAUGGUUUGGAGGUAGCAACAUCUUCCAUGUCCACCUUGGCUAGAUUUCCAUGGGGAGCAAAAGUGCUAUCGAAUACUUUAAACAGCCAAGAGAUCACCACAGAUCCUCCUAUGCGUUUGCAACUUUUUGAAUUUGAGGCAUGUCCCUUUUGCCGGAGGGUUCGGGAGGCCAUGACAGAACUAGAUCUUUCUGUAGAGGUCUUUCCCUGUCCAAAAGGCUCUGUAAGGCAUAGAGAAAUUGUUAGAAGAUCCGGGGGCAAAGAACAGUUCCCUUUCCUCAUUGACCCAAAUUCUGAUAUUUCAUUGUAUGAAAGCGGUGAUAUUGUGAAUUACCUAUUUGAGCAAUACGGUGGGAGAAGCCCAUCCGCUGGACUUUUGGAAAGCACAUUGUUCACGGGAUGGAUGCCUACAAUUCUUCGAGCAGGUAGAGGAAUGGCAUUGUGGGAAAAGGCCAGACGAGAUCCACCACCCAAGAAAUUGGAACUUUUCUCAUAUGAAAACAAUCCAUAUGCACGAAUUGUGCGUGAGGCACUAUGUGAGUUGGAGCUACCAUACAUUCUCCAUAAUGUGGGAGAAGGUUCUGGGCGGACAAGGCUGCUACUUGAUGUAUCUGGAUCAAAUGAGAUCCUAUGGCAUGGGCCUUACAUGAUCAUGAUUACAGAAAGAAGACAACUGCGCAUACACUGUGUAUCCAUCUUAUAAGGUACCUUACUUCAUUGAUCCCAACACCGGUGUUCGGUUUGGCAACUACAAGAAGAUCUUGUCUUAUCUGUUCCAGACAUAUGCGGCAGCCACUGUAUAGGGCUAAAUUGUGUAUAUAUCCUUCUUCGUUUCUCAGUGCCUGUGCACUCUUUUUUUUUUUUUUCCUCUGGUAGUGUAUUGCUUCUUACCUGCUUACCCGAAGAAAUAUAGAGGAAAGUAGAUAUUGAUGUGGCUUCUUACUCA